CAAAAGUCAGGCCGUUUGAACACAGCCAUUAGCAAAAAUAUAAAAAGAAGUACAACAGCUGAUGAAACGUCAAAUUUAUCCGGUGUGGUUGGUGUUUAUUUCUGUUUCUAAUGUUAUGAAAUACCAAAUGCUGUGGGUAGGAAAAUUAGUUGGAGUUACCGCUAAGGGUACAGGAAGACCUAACAUCACUCUUGCUGCUAGGUCAUUUUCAUGUCUGAGAAGACGUGAAGAUGAGCCAAAGAGACUUCAACCUCUGGUACUGCGUCUUCCACAGAGAAAUCUUGCAACGGAGCAAUCAUUUCUGACGGGUUUUUGGCAAACAAUAUCUACUAGUACCCCAGUUUCGUACAUGCAACAGGGUCUUAUCGAAAUACAUGAUUUCACCGGCUUACCAUGGUGGGCAACUAUAGUUUUGUCCACGUUUGUCUUUCGAACUAUAGUCACCCUGCCACUUACAAUUUAUCAAAACAAAAUCACGGCCAGGAUUGAACUUCUCACACUUGAAAUGCCUGCCUUAGUUGCUGAACUUAAAAAAGAAGCAGCCUUUGCUAUGAAGAAGUUCAACUGGACCGAAGCACAAACAAGGCGGGCGUACAAUCAUUCGCUUAAAAAACAAUGGAAUCAGUUAAUUGUUCGUGAUAAUUGUCAUCCUGCUAAAACAUUGAUAGUUCUCUGGGGUCAGAUUCCAUUGUGGAUAUUCCAAUCGGUGGCACUCCGUAAUUUAGUCUACAUGCUACCAAAUCCAAAUUCGCUUGAUGCUCAAUUGGUUUUCACUGAACUAACGCUUGGUGGUUUUGGAUGGAUUCCCAAUUUGACAGAGGUUGAUAGUUCUUUUAUUCUACCCGUGGUACUUGGAGCUAUUAACUUGUCUAUCAUUGAAAUGCAACAAAUGCUGAAAACUCGUCCUUCUGGUCGAUUUCAAACGAUAGCAACGAAUGCCUUUCGAGUUCUCAGUGUGGCUAUGAUACCGAUUGCUUGUACUGUUCCAUCGGCCCUUUGUGUGUAUUGGACAGCAUCAAGCUCGUAUGGUCUCUUACAAAAUUUGUUAUUACUUUCUCCAAAAUUAAGACGAGCAGUUAGAAUACCACAAACACAGACUGAAUUACAAAAUCCGUAUCAGCAUUUGUGGAUGAGUAUUAAAGCGAGAACCGGCAAUGGACCACCACCUGUUAUCCCAAAGAUUUCUAAUGAAACACAAAAGAAAUAAAAUUAUUGAUAAUUUGGAUUCUCAAAUUAAAAAUUUCCGAAUAUAUUCCUGAAAGAAGGCGCAAUAUAUUGGGAUAUAUAGAAAGAUUUUGAUUUAGACGAAAAAUGCAAGUCAAAGAGGAUCUCAAGUACUAACUUAUCGAGCACAAUUUAGGAACCAAAUUAUCGUCUUUAAGAUACUUUUUGGUUGAGAACC